AUGUAUGUUGACAACGAAGCAAAUGAAGAUGAUGAGUCUGAAGAUAGGUUGGACGAAAUGUUCCGUGAUGUUGGAGAAGAGUUCACAAAUCGAUCAAAUGAGUUGGAUGAAUUAUUAAAUGAUUCAAAACAGCCUUUAUGGCCCGGGUGUAGUAAAUAUACUCGCUUAUCUGCUGUUUUGAAAUUAUUCAACUUAAAAGCUGGGAAUGGAUGGAGCAACAAGAGCUUUACUGCUUUACUUGAUUUAAUAAACGAUAUGCUUCCAGAAGAUAAUGGACUCCCGAAGAAUACAUAUGAUGCAAAGAAGAUUAUGUGUCCCAUGGGUAUGGAGUAUGAAAAGAUACAUGCUUGUCCUAACGAUUGCAUAUUGUUUAGGAUUGAUUACAAAGAAUUGAAUGCAUGUCCAAUCUGUGGGGCAUCUCGGUACAAAAUAAGAGAGCAUGUUGUUGAUCAAAAAAUUUCUGAUGGUAAGCUUCGACACCCAGCUGAUUCUACUCAAUGGAAAACCUUUGAUAAUGUUUUUCCUGAAUUUGGCAAUGAGUUCAGAAAUCUUAGACUUGGCCUUUGUACUGAUGAUAUCUUUUUGGCACCUUUGAUUGAUGACUUGAAAAAAUUGUGGGAUGAAGCUUAUGGAAACCUGGCUGGGUAUAGUGUCAAAGGACAUAAGGCAUGCCCUAUAUGUGAAGAUAAUACAUGUUAUACACAACUUGUCCAUGGCAGAAAGACAGUCUACUUGGGUCACCGGAGGUUUCUUGAUAGAGCUCACCCUUACAGGAGAUUAAAAAAGGCUUUCAAUGGGCAACAAGACUAUACAGAUGCUCCACAACCAAUGACUGGGAUUGAAGUUUAUGAACGUGUAAAAUGUAUAAAUGUUACUUUUGGUAAAACUCAAAAACUUAAAUCUCAAAGAGGUAAGAGGUCAAUAGCUAAUGUUGAGCAACUAUUGCCAGUGGCUGUUAGAGGUAUAUUGCCCAAAAAGUUGAGAUAUACUAUUAUAAGGUUUUGUUUCUUUUUCAAUGCUAUCUGUGGAAAAGUGAUUGAUCCAGACAAACUAGAUGAAUUGCAAAAUGGCAUUAUUGUUACAUUGUGUCAGUUGGAGAUGUAUUUUCCACCGUCAUUUUUUGAUGUCAUGGUUCAUUUGGUUAUACAUCUGGUGCGAGCGAUCAAACAGUGCGGUCCUGCUUAUUUGAGGGGGAUGUACCCAUAUGAACGGUACAUGAAAGUCUUAAAAGAAGCUAUUGGUCUUUCUAAGUAUCGAGAUGAAGGAAGAAGUGCUGGGAAAGUUACUCGAGGACGCAAAGUAGCCGGUAUCCCUCCUGAAGAUAUUGAGGAAGCACAUUUGUACAUCUUGCAUAAUACAAGUGAAGUCGAGCCAUAUUUAGAUGAGCACAAGGCAUUGAUUAAAGAGCAAAAUCCAAGAAAGACAGACAUGCAAUGCAAUAUGGCCAAAAACAAUAUGACAAAUUUGAUUUGGCAUCAAAGACCACAUAUGGAUUCUUAG